AUGGAUGUCUUCGUGCAAAAUUUAUUCGAUGGCAUUGAUAUACCUGAUGAUCUUUCGGAGGUUGGCAGAAUUAAUACUACUGCGCCCAAGCAUGAAAAAAAUCCAACCCAGGAUGAAAACAGACACAUGGGACAGCCAGCACAACGACACCAGGCGCAAAUCCAGGAUAACGCAAAUGCGUGCCAAACGACGAAAGUGGCUCCUGUCAUAACUGCAGGCCUCCCUGUUCUCGCCCAUGACGGAGGAUUCGCCAGACCCACUAAACGGCCAAUAUUCGAUGUCAAGGCACCCUUUAUCGCACCUAAACCUUGUCCAACGCCAUCACAACCUGCAGCUGUACCAACAAGGCGACUUGUUGAAAAACCUGAGAACACAAAACGCGAAGAAACGUGCACUUCCACUAAUGGUCGAAAGUUAUCGCAUGCUGUAAAGAAGACCAUCGCAGAACGAUUUCCAUUGAGGGGACCUGCAGGGAUACGCUCCUACAGAAGUCUUGUGGAUAUUAUGCUCUACGGUGAAUCUGCCAAGGACGCCGCUGGGAGAGAGAAGCACGCUUGGGUCAAGGCGCUUGAUAUGCUAGACUCAAACAGUAAGUUGAAGCCAUUCCAACAGACGAAUUUUAUUAUCCACAGCCCUGGGAUGCAACUUCAGGAACAUUUCUCCGUUAGCGAGUACGUAACUAAGAAGUACAACAUCAAGUGGAUCAUAAACGAGGCUUCCAUACGUCACGUCGGAUUCAAAAUGGACUGGCUGGUGGUGUUCGUACUUUCUCAGCGUACGCUGGGUUUACAGGUCAUGUAUGCAUUCAUGGACAAAACUGGUCAAAUGCUUGGAUGCAUGAAGGAAGAACUGCACUCGAACCUAAAAACCGUGGAACCCGGGUGCACACUCAUACUAAAAAACGUAAGCUGCAGAGGGGAGAUCUGA